GGCUACUAGAAUUUUCAAUAAUCAAAAUGUCCAACUUAACAAGACUUCACUACUUUGAAAAUAAUAUGUUGUGGGGCUUAGAAAGUUUUUUACAGUGGAGCCUGUUCUAUGCUAACGACUUUAGUGGAAAUAAAGAUAAUGAACAUCGUAUUUAUAAAAUACAUUUAGAAGCAAUAUAUAAUGAUCCGAAUUUAUUGAAAAACCGUGAUAGCGAAAGUCUGCAAAAGUCUGCAGAAGAUGCUUUAAAAAAUUUUAAGAAGGAAACAGACUCAGUUCGAGUUGCCGAGUUCUGGAGAGAAAGUCCGUCUUUCCUAAAAACUUUGAAGGUAGCAAUCAACCUUAACGCUGAUAAAAUGGCUUCUCGGGUAGCCGAAUUACAUGAUGACUUCAGCGAUACAAUUUUCAAUAUCACCCAGAAUCAAUUACAAUUACGUUUUGGACAUAAACGAUCUCAUUCUCACGAAGAAAAUUUUCAGGAGCCACAAAGAAAGAAAAUAUUACCAGGAAAGGGGGUGGGGAAUAUAUUACCUGAUGGCACAAAAUUUGAAAAGGCGACUCCCCUUGAUUUAUUACAAUCAGAUGAUGAUGAGCAUCUCUCUCAAGGAGAUAACGAUGAAGAUGAUGACAUACCUGAACCGAAGGACACGAUUGUCCAAAAUUUAAAAGAAUGGAUGUUACCUUCAGGGAAGGAUGUAGGCAAAAUCAUCGAAGAAAAUGUAUCUGCAAACGCAGAAAAAGUCAAUAAUAAGAAAAAAUUGACAAUAUAUGAAAAGGCCAUUUUAAGAUAUGGCGUAUCCAAUAUCAUCGAUCUAUCGGUUAUGAGUGAAUGGUUUUCCACUGAGGAUAUAAAAUUCAUGGCGAAGGAUUAUGUUGAUCUGUUAAAAGUUCCUCAGUUGCAAGCAGAAGAAAAUGCAUUUAUAUCGAAAGUUGAAAGC